UGGUGUCCGGCCAGAGGUUGCUAUGAGCAACCGCGCCAAUGCCCAGAGUCUCAUGGCAUCCGGGUUCGCUGGCCUAAGCUCGAUUGGUCUCGGUGCUGUUACAUCCAGCGCCCUCGCAGAAGCUGGGUUGAAUGGAGGCUCGGAUGUGGCUGAAGGCUCCGGCGCCGGAGGAGCGGGGCCAUUCGCUAUCAGCGCCGGGACUCUUAUGAGCGGAUUCGGCAGCUCUAGUGAUGAGGACGAAGACGAGGAACAGGAUACCGAAGAGGAUGUCAACAACGAGUUCCGAGCCUACACCGACCCCCUCAAUGCCAACGCCAACUCGAUGAAUCCGCCAUCAAUCCCGCCACCACCGCCACCUCCACCGCCCCUCAACAUCCCGCCAUCCCGAGCCCGCCUCCAGCUAGCGGCUCGGCUAGCCAUGAAUAAACGCAACGCCGCUGCCGCUGCCGCCGCCGCCAACGGGGGCGAGGAAGGCAACUCUUCUACGAUGGCAGACGACACAGCCGGAGCUUCCGCCUUCGCAAACCCGAGUACGACAUCUAGCGAGCGCGUCCGUAACCCUUUCGCUGACUAUGAUGACGACGAAGACAACUCCGGUAGCGGAAGCGACGACGGCGAAAAUGUAGAAGGGGACGACCUAGGCAUGACCACAGGCUCGUCAGGCUGGAACCGCGGCUCAUGGUGGCGUGGCAUGGUCCGCAGCGCCAGGGACCGGGGCCAUAGGAGGACGAUAUCUGAUGAUAUGGAACAGGAGUUGGGGGUAGAACGGUUUGGGGAUGGACGGGACGAUGACAGCAGUGAUGAGGAAGGCGGGCGACGGAUUCGUGACGAUGAUAUCGACGACGAAGAGUUUGGGGACUUUGCCAUGCCCGAAGUAGAGGAGAGAGUUGGCGGCGGCGGCGGCCUAGUCUCGGGUAUUGACCCCGACAGGGAGUCAGUACUCGUCAAGCCCAUGCCGCUGCACCCUACGAUGACUACGCUGAAGAGCACUGUCAGCCCGUUCAGCAGCUUGUGGCCGUUCUCGCGAGAGAAGCGGGAGGAUGAUGCCGGUCAGACUGAGGGUGCUGCAUCCUCGGCCCCGGGUAUCACGGAAGAGCCGGUUGAGCUCGCACCGGAGGAAGUAACUAUACUCGGCGAGGACGGGAAGAAGAUUGACAGGGCGGUGGAGGCCACGCGGCGGACGAGCAUCGAGGACCCGGACGAGGACGAAGUCGAUAUCGGGGAGGAGAUCAUCGUCCAGCGGGCUGCGGGGGCGCGCUAGGGGCGCGCCCGUGUAGUGGCGUGGGGCACGAAGGGAUGAUAGAGUUGUAAGGUAUUACGAGGUACAGCUGAGAUGACAUGAGGGAUAAGGUCCGAGGGGCAUAGGGACGAGGUAGGAGAGAUAUCGUGCGGUCGAUGGAUUGUGUAUCCGUACUUGUAAACUACCUCCCCAGUUUAGCUAUAUCAUGAUGUUGAUGUCUGUUGUCUUUCGGCAUGCUAUCUUCCCAAUGCCUUCAGCUGCGUCCUGGUGUCUGGUUUGGCCCAAGCUCUUUCUAUGGCCGAAGCGAAGGUAUAACUAUUGUGAAGCGUGACAGGGGUGGACAGCGGUCCUAUCAAAAUCGGGUCAAAAUCUAGCCGCAGUGGCGCAUCCCG